GUGAACUGUUGAUGUAAUAUAUUAAUUUGUUAUUUAUUUUUCGUUAUUUUUUCUAUUCCUAGCUGUCAAUCGCGUUGACCGUACACUUUCCCGAAAGCCGCUAACUGUCAACCAAGUCAUACCAAAACAUUACCACAGUAAAGUGAUUGUUACGUGAAGAUUCAAUCAAGCCGAGCCGUGUCUAGUGGAAUUGUGUAUGAAAACGUGCUCAUAUCGGAGUUCCGUCUAUAUACGUUCCAUCCACUAGUCAUUAGUGAUGCCGAUUAGCACAAAUCAUUGACAUACGCCCACAUCUAGGAUAGGAUAAAAGCACCAGAAUGGCACUGCUUGGCGCACAACUAGUAAUCACGCUAAUCAUGGUCAGCGUGAUACAGAAGCUGAGUCCACACUUUUCGCUAGCGAAAUGGAUACUCUGUUCCACGGGGUUAUCGCGCUACCUGCAUCCGACGGACGAUGAGCUACGGAAGCUGUCGGGUGUGCCGCGGGAAAAGGUCAAAGGGAAGAAGGAUAAACGCAAUGGGCACCACCAAGCGAAUGGUGAAAGAUCGACCACAUUUCACAUUCCGCGCAGCCUGGACAUACGGUUAGACACGAUUCCAAUCGCACCGUACGAUAUUGUGCAUUUACGCUUCUACACCGAGUACCAGUGGCUGGUCGAUUUUAGCUUAUAUUCCGCCAUCGUUUAUGCCACCUCCGAGAUUUACCAUUUCUUCUAUCCACUGAAAGAGGAGAUCAAUCUCAGUAUGGUGUGGUGCCUUUUGGUUGUGUUUUUCGCCUUUAAACUGCUUGCCUCCCUCACGGUGCAAUACUUCAAAAGUGAGGAAUCGAUCGGUGAACGAUCCACUUGCAUCGUUACGGGGCUAGCUUACCUGCUGAUCGCGAUGAUCAUUCUGAUCGUGCCGGAGCACACACUGGAAGUGGGUCUGGAUAAAGCAUAUCACAGCUUCAACACUAGUGCGUCAAGUUUCCUCGAAGGACAGGGGCUUAAUUCCUCUGGUCCUGCUUCGAAAAUUGUGGUAAAAUUCUUCAUUGCUGUGAGCUGUGGCAUCCUGGGAGCUCUGUUCACUUUCCCGGGGUUGCGUAUGGCGCGUAUGCACUGGGAUUCGUUGAAGUUCUGCAAAGAUCGUCUAUGGUUGAAGCUGGUGCUAAACGUUAGCUUUGCGAUGCCAUUCCUGUUGGUUAUUCUGUGGAUUAAACCACUUGCCCGGGAUUAUCUUACGGCACGCGUUUUCUCGGGCAUGAGCUCACCAAUCCUAUCCACGGAAGCGUUCGAAACGAUCCGUCUCGGAGCGGUGGUAAUCGCGGUCAUUUUGCGCUUCCUGUUGAUGCCCAUCUACCUGCAGGCCUACCUCAACCUUGCGCACGAUCGUGUGGAGGAGCAAAAGAAGGAAGCGGGUCGCAUCACGAACGUCGAGCUGCAGAAGAAAAUAUCAUCCAUCUUCUACUAUCUGUGCGUCGUCACGCUUCAGUACGUGGCACCAAUCUUGAUGUGUUUGUUCUUCGCCCUCAUGUACAAAACGCUCGGCGAGUAUACGUGGAGCGGUGUGCUCAAGCAGUCCCUCCCGCUGGACGAAUGUUCCGCCGAUUUGGAGUACGAAAAGGCAUUGCUAGCAACGAUGGCCAACGAACGGGCGGCCGUUGAAGCGCACGAAUUUCAAUCCAUUACACCGGAAGGUGAACAGCUACCGGUGGAAGACAACAUACUCACCACUGCCCAAAGUUUCCAGCUCUCGCUGCAAAGUCUAAAGUCCGUGUUCACCAAAGAUGUGUACCGUGGGUUGUUUGGUUUCGCGACGUGGUGGAGCUGCUUCAUUUGGUUCGCUGCCAGCUCACUCGGUAUGGUUUAUCAGUCGUACUUUACCAAAUCGUGAGCAUCCUAACCGUUAAUCACCAAUCACCAUCGUCGGGUAGAGGGACGAAUGUAGCGAUGUAAAUAGCGAUCGAAAAAGUAAACCAAUACCAGAACCAUCCUUUAUCAUUUAAAUCGUCGCUCCAUUUUAAGUCGCUGGAAGUGCAUUUUCAUACGAUGCAGGUGCGAGCAUUUGUUCGUCGGUCGGAGAUUAGUUUUAAUUUUCCAUUUGUGCAUUAGUGGUUGAUUUGUGUUUUUUUUUUACAUCAUUAUGCCUUAAAACGACACUAACGCACAUUUCGUUGUGGUUUUGUUUUUUUGUUUCUUUUCGUUUAUUUUUAAAUUUAUAAUUUAUUUCGUUUUUUCCCCCCCAUCGCUUGGACCUAAGUGAGUCAAACUGAGAAAGAGUCAUUAGUGGGUUAGAAAAGAGUUCACAGAAACUGUCAAUAAAAAC